AUGGCAAAACAUCCUUCGAGUGGAGAGGCGACAACUCUGUUGCUGAGCGAGCGAGGUGUACAGUACGACACGCACGAUAGUACUGGGAGUUUACCCCCGAACGAUGAAAAGCUAGCCUUGAGAAUUUCAAACAUUCCUGCAUCUGUCACCCCGGAGCAAUUAGCCAAAUGGCUAAAUAAUUUGAAAGUAAAAGAUCAUGGCGACUCGCGUGGACCAAAGCGUCAGCGGAUGGACAACAUCCAUACACUUUCUCUAGCACCGUCGCCAUCAUCGGACUACGAUCGCUACCAAGUGGCCACGGUCAACUUUAGGAAACUCCCUUCCGGACUAGAAAUGAGCAGACCUCCUACGACAACAGGGGUGCCAAUCGAGCUAGGGGAAGAAGAACCUAGAUUUUCAGCCCUUUUCGACUCCCACUUUGAGGGCCUUACACCGCUCAAUAACCCCAAGAACCCUACUCUCGAUAUCAUUGCAGUUACGGGACUUGCAGGUCAUGCUUUCGGUUCAUGGAGGUCUCCUGACGAUCCAGAAAUGUGGUUACGGGACUUUAUCCCCAAAGAUUUGGAAUAUAGCGCCAGGAUUCUUACCUAUGGAUACAAUAGUACGCUAGCCACUGAAUCCGCCAAAGUUAGGAUAGGGGACUUGGCUACGUCAUUCUUGGAAGCUCUGAAGGAUGCAAGAAGUCAAAAAGGCAGUACUCAACGGCCUAUUAUCUUCAUUGGUCAUAGCCUAGGUGGUGUGGUUAUCAAGAAGGCCCUUCGUAAGGCGGACUGCAGUAGUGUAGAUCCAAAGGACGUACAUGCCGAUAUUCUUCAUUAUUGCCAUGGAAUCUUGUUCUUCGGUGUCCCUAACCUUACCCUUGAGGUUACUAAUCUGAGAGAAAUGGUGAAAGGAAAACCAAACAACCACCUCAUCGAAGAUCUAGGCGGAACCUGCCAAUUUUUAGUAACACUCGGCGAGGAAUUCUGUCGCUAUUUUAAACAGAGACCUACCAAGAUAAUCUGUUUUCAUGAGCUAAAAGAUACAUCGACGGUUCAGUUCAACUGGGCUAAAAACAAGUGGGAGAGAUCGGGCGCCCCAUUACGGAUGGUGACCGCCGAAUCUGCAAUACAUCCACCAAAUAUCGAUACUCAAAACGAUAUAGGACACACGCCGUUACUCGUGGCGACCUUUCAAGGGAACGAGUCGGCUAUGGAUUUUCUGUUAGAGAACGGGGCGAAUGUCAAUGCGAAGCGAGGCUCCCCAGCUAUAAAUACACUCAUGGCUGCAAUAAUCUCUCAUAAACCAACGGCACUUCUCAAACUUAUCGAUGCAGGUGCCAGCAUAUGUGCAAAUAGCUGCAACUACAGAACCGCACUAGAAGUGGCAGCGAAAGAGGGAGACGGAGUUACUGUAGAGCUAUUACUAUCUACUAUCCACAACGCCGAGAUAAGUGAAGAUAUCUUGAAGGCAGCGGCAGGGAAUCCUGACAAAGGAGGCGAGAUAAUGAGCAUACUUCUUGACAAGCACCCAAGAAUUACUCAGGAGGUGUUGGAGAUAGCGGCAAACAACCCCAAUGGCAGAGAUAUUUUCAUGAUCCUAGGUGCCAACUACCCCCACCUUACUAUAACCGAAGCAGUCCUGGUGAACACCAUUAUGAAUUUCGCAGGCAAUCACAUAUUGUCGACGCUGAUUUCUGAAUUUCGCAACAUCGAGAUAACAGAGGCUGUUUUUAGAGCAGCAGCAAGCACUUACAAAAGUGACGAGGCUAUAAGAAUCUUACUAAACAAAUACCCGAAUAAUGUCAUCACCGAUUCUACCCUCAGAGCUGCAUCAAAACAACAGUUCCCCCGAAGCUGGGAGGUCAUGCAAACGUUACUAUCUAGAAGCACUAAAAUUGCUCACGACCUGGAGACUAUCUUUUACGGAAUUAUAAACAAUUCCUAUACAAGCGAUAAUAUCCACAUGUUACUCGUAUUAUCUCCAAGUCUUAAACUUUCCUGGGAUAUUAUCAAAAUAAUAGAGAAUAGCAACUAUUGGAACGAGAUCAGGGAGAUCUUACUGUUCCAUGGUCUCAUGAGGGCGAGAAGUGAGCUGUUAUCAGCAGUGGCGGAGGAGGGGCGGAUUUAUAAUACACGCGAUUUAAGUUGGCCGCUGUUCCUUCAGCCAUCGCAGUCCUCUGUAUUAUCACUUUCUGCGGCUUCUGUUGCGCACUUGGCAGUUGAAUAUCUGAGAGUAGUAGGGGAGACUCAUAAUGGUCGUGAAAUGAUGAACUCGCUGUUAUCUACUUCCCACUGUCUAUGUCUCUGUCACUGUAUUCCGGAAAUCACAACAAAGAGUAAGAGUAGAGAAAUUAUGAGGUCGUUACUAGAAAGGUAUCCCGGAAUGGAAAUUACCGAAGCCAUUAUCAACACUGCAGCAGAGGGGAUCUGCCCCAAAAAUGAGACGAACUCACUCCGGUCAAACUACACGUUUUCCGAACGUUUUAUCGCUGAGAGUGCUUUGGGUGCUGAGGUAAGGAGCUAUUUUACUCAAGGGGGCUUGAAAGAACGAACAUCAAUGCACCUUGAUAUAGAAUACUAUACCCUUGACGGGGUCAGUAUUCUCACGUACAGAUUCGCGGACCUCGUGAUCACCGAGGAUAUCAUGCUGGAGACAGUGCAGUGCGGGGAGUAUAGCACGCUCAUACUCAUAAAAGGCUUGUUAAAACAACACUCAAAUACGUUCAAGAUAUUAGCGGAUCUCUCGACAGAGGGGCUAUGUCUAGAACCCGUCUUGUACUCGCUGCUGGGCCAAUAUCCCAGCACUUUGAUUUCUAGUUCAAUAUUAAUUGCGGUGGUUAAGAAUUACCUAAGUAAUCAUACUGCGUUCGAAUUCCUACUCUCCCAAUGUCCAGAUGCUGCGAUCACUGAUUCGGUCCUCAUCACCGCGGUAGGUGUGUCUGAAAUUCUUUUUAGACGCCUACUUGACCAACCUAAUGCUGUGAUCACUGAACUGGUCUUAAUUGAAGCGGUAAGGGAACGCUGGGACGGCGAGAUGUUUAGGCUACUCAUAGAUGGUCGUCCCGAUAUACUGAGCGAAUCGGUCCUUGAUGCGGCGAUAAAUAGUUAUCCUCCCACCAAUAUUGUAGACGUCCUAUUGACUUCGUGGCCCAAGACCCUGGCCACUGAGUGGGUGUUGGCUAAAUUGGCUGGAAUCCAGAAUGGUUUUCAGAAAAUAGAGCUCCUACUAGCGCAAUUCCCCGAUAUUAUCGUCACAGAGGCUUUCCUAAUUGCAGCCCUCAUUCCGGGAAGGGGUAAUGAUUCUCUGUGUCGUAGUUUAGUGUUCGUUCUGCAUCGUUUCCCCGAUAUCAUUAUCACCACAUCAGUCUUGAAUCUGGUGGUAGAUGAGUUGGUUCGAGGUGCAUAUGUGGGAAGUGCGGCGGUAAUGAGGCUCCUCCUAGAUAGAAACCUUGACUUCGUGAUAGCAGAGUCAGCCUUGAUUGCGGCGGCGUCGAGCCCGAUCGCCACUGAGAUAUUCAAGCUGCUCAUGAAUCGACGCCCGGAUAUGGUGGUGACCGAAGCGGUUUUGAUUGCUGCCGCGGGUAAAGGGUCCUCUGAGAGGCUGGAGCUCCUCCUAGACAGACACCCCGAUCUGGUGGUGACCGAAACAGUUCUACGUAAGCUCGUAGAAAGCGGAGCUCACCUAGAAACCAAGACCCUGCAGCGGAUCAUGGACAAGUAUCCCGAGCCCACAAUCGGUGAAGAUCCCUGGACUACUCCAUCCUACCUAGUCACGCGAAUGAAGCUCCUCCUGCUGGCACGGCGAUACCUUAUCAUCGAAACUCCCUCUACCAAAACCUGUAUCCCCCCACAUUGA